AGAGCGCGCCCCCGAGAAGCGCACGACUCCACCCGCAACCACCGCUCCUGACCUGAGCUCCGUCGAGAAACCAACAAAGAAUCCAAAAAGGGUCAGACGCCCAGGCCACCAUGGCGAACCCAUCCACGAGCUCGAGGCCGUCGUGCGCGUCUCCCAGUGGCACCAAGCUCACCUGCCUCUGCUCGCCGACCAACCACCCGGGCUCCUUCCGCUGCACUCGCCACCGCAACCCGCAGGGGCGACCGCAGACGUCGUCGCCACCGUCGUCCAGCCGGGCCUCGCAGCAGGCCGCGGCUUCGGGCAGGAGCACGACGGUGCGCGUUGAGGGGAUCAUCAGGAACGCCGGCGUCGGCUCGGGAGGCAGGACCGGCCCUUGCCGGUCCGUCCUGCGAGCGCACCUGCUGCGGCUGGUCAGCCCGCCUUCCUCCGGCUGCAGCGACCGCCGCCGCUGCCGCGACUUCAAGCCCCGCCCGUCCAGGCUGGGCCGCCUCGGCAUGACCGCGUGACGCCGGUCGGCCGCUGCUCCUCUGCUCUGCUUCGCAGCUCGUAGUGGUGAACGGUGCGCCUCUAUUUCGCGCGCACCGACGCUUGGAUCCGUUUAUCUAGCAGAUACUAGCUCCGAGCCUAGGAUCCAGUACUACUCUGGAAUCAAUGCUUUGUUAGUACUGUGAUGAACUGGUCAUAGUGCUGAUAAUGACUAGGGUACUCCUCUGUGCACAUCUUCCUUGUAAUUUUUCCAGAGGGAUGAAACGGAGUAGCAGUUUUUGUGUUA